AUGAUUGAGAUUUAUGGAAGUGACUAUCUCUACGCCAGCAUCCCAAACCUUCUCGAACCCUUGCAAGGCCAGGGUCGCGAGACCCUUGAGUGGCGUUUCAUUCGUCUUGCCUCGGAUCCCUCCUCUAAUUUUAACCUUCACCUCUAUCCAGUGACAUUGCUGGACAUAUCUCACAGCCCUCCUACCACCUCUUCGUCUACUACGGUUUCCGUGCUUAGUUCGCCUCUUCUACCUGUGUCUCGACUUCGACGCUCACAUAGCGGCCGAUCUAGCAUCCCCCCACCGGCUGGCAAGGGCACAUUCUGGCUUGGAAUUGGACCCAAUGGAUUUGAAUUUCAUGAAGUGGGUUACUCCUCUAAUUACUCCUUGCUAACUCCUUAA